AGGGCUACCAUAGAAUCCAGUCUCAGUGAAAGUUUUUAACAGGAGCUAACAAAUCUGAUUCAUCCGGGUUACCUGUCGGAAUGCAGCAGGUGAGGCUGUGGUUAAAUACCUGCAGUGGGCGGGGCUUAAUCCAGUCUGACAGAAACAGAUCCCCGACCUUUGAAACCAACAGGGAGGGAGAGAGAGCGCAGAGGACUGGGGCUUAGACCACAAUCAUGGCUACGGAUUUAUCCCAGGACUCCGUGCUCCAAUUCCUCCGGAGCGCAGGAGGCUCGGCUAAGAACGCGGACCUGCUGCUGCACUUCAGAGACUUCAUCCGAGACCAUGCGGACCGGGACCGGAACCGGGAGCUCUUCAAGAAGUGUGUCAACACCCUGGCCACCGUGCAACAGCUCGACGGAGUCUCCUAUGUGGUUCUCCGGAGGAAAUUCAAAGGGAGAGUCCCGGGUGGAGGUGAAGGGGACUUCUCAGGGCCACAGAGACCUUCCCCCGGGAUGAAGAGAGAUUCCUCCCCGGGGACCGAGCGACUGAGCCCGGCUGUGAGCGCGGAGAAGCCUCGGAAGAAAGUUCAGCCCAGGGAAGUGACAACCUCCGCCCCGCAGGGAGUGAACGCCACGAAAACAAUCCUACCUGCAGCUGGGAUCAUGCUCAAUAACAACAACAAUGUGAAGACUAAUCUAAACCUGAAACAGCACCCAGAAACCAACAAACCAGGUCUUUAUGGUGGACCAGCAGCGGCUCAGACCCCCAGUCUACCACAGCCUGCACCCCUGGAUCAGAGCACUAAAAUAAUACAGAGUGACAUGAGGUCUCAGCCACCAGCUCCUGGGAUUACACCUGUUGUCUCUGCUGUCAGGCAUCAUGGAGAAACCAGGCAGCAAGUCCCAGUCCAACAGCCUCCCCUCAGAGGCAGGGACGCUGAGCUGAAGACCCCCAGCUUCUCAGAGCCUCCUGCCCAAGACUGGAGCUCUAAAAUAGGGCAGCACAACGUUGGUUUUGCCCCCCCAUCCUCUGGCAUCACACCUGUGGUCUCUGCAGUCAGACAACAUGUAGAAACCAGUCAGCAAAUACCGGUCCAAGAACCCUACAGAGGGAGGGAGGCAGAAGUUAGGACACCCAGUUUCUCGGAGCCUCCUGCCCAAGACUGGAGCACUAAGACGGGGCAAAGUAAGGUUGGAUUUGCACCCCCAUCCUCUAGCAUCACACCUGUGGUCUCUGGAGUCAGACAACAUGGAGAACCCAGACAGCAAAUAACGGUCCAAGAACCUUAUAGAGGGAAGGAGGCUGAGCUGAAGACCCCCGGCUUCUCUGAGCCUCCUGCUCAAGACUGGAGCUCUAAAGCGGGGCAACGUAAGGUUGGUUUUGCCCCCCCAUCUUCUGGCAUCACACCUGUGGUCUCUGGAGUCAGACAACAUGUAGAAACCAGGCAGCAAAUACAGGUCCAAGAACCCUACAGAGGGCGGGAGGCAGAAGUUAGGACCCCCAGCUUCUCAGAGCCUCCUGCCUCAGAUCAGAGCUUUAAAAUGGGCCAACAGGUGAUGGGUUCGGGCCCUCCAGCUCCAGGAAUAACACCUGUGGUCCCUGUUAGACAUACAGAGGAAACCUUCAGGGUCCCAGAGACCAUCAGAGGGACGGGAGCUGGUCUGCAGCCUGGAGGUGGUCUUCAUCAGGAGCCUCCUCCUCCUAAUCAGGUGAAUGUUAAAUCUCAGGUUGUGCGCCGCCACAGACACAGGAAGAGCUACAAGUCUGCUGUAUCUUAUGACGAGGACGAGCAGCAGGAGGAGGAGGAAGAGGAGGAGGAGGUCCCAGCCAGGCGGUGUUCAGCAGGUGGAGAGUGGCCCCUGAGUGUUCCUCUGGGGAACAUGGGGAAGGCCAUCUCCGCCUCCUCGCCAUGCAUCAUAGACGUUCCCUCUGUUGCCCCCUCCUCUUCAUCAGAGAAGAGUCUCCCGAAGAUUUACGUCCAGGAUGUUGAGGUGGAAAGGCCGCCCCCUAGAGGUGGGCCAGGCUGGAGCUUUGAAUCAGGGGCCGGGAUAAGAGGACAGUGGGCAGGGGCCGGAUUAGGACCUGGGUCCAUCAGACACAGCUUGGAGGCGGAGCAUCACACACAGUCAUCACAGUCGGCGCCUCAUUACGAUGUUUACGUGGACCGACGGUUCUCACAGCCUGCAGCUUACCUGCAGGAACAGAGAGUGGUGCAGCAGAACCAGAGAGGUUCUCUGUCAUCCAGCACCAGCAACAUCUACUCCCCCUCUCCUGACUCCGGUCUCUCCAUCAGAGACUGGCCGAUGUCCGGCUCCCCCAGAGGAUCGGGGUGGAACAGCAGCUUGGAGGAUCUACCGGAAAGAACAGGUCAUCACAUGAGAAGCCGGUCUCCAAUCCAGGAAGUCCUCCAGCGAGCCCAAAAGACCAGAGCGGAGCCUUCGAUGCUUCAUGCUGGCAGUAAAGUCCAGACUCCCUGGCAUCACUCGACAGGACAUCUCCUCGACGACCAGGAACACAAAGCUCAUUCAUCACCAUUCCAUCACUCCAGUGACUAUCUCCAUGAGAACCAGCAGUCUGCAGCCAGGGUCAAACCGUGGCACCUCUCCACAGGUGAUCUCUACGAUGACCACCGUGAGGCGGAGCUAAGUGAGAGCUCCACCCCUUCACCGACGAUGCGCCAGCACGCAGGCGUCCCCCGGCGUCUCAGCAGCCACCUGCGGAGCCGGAUGUGUCGCAGCAUGGGGGCCGACCUGGACCAGCUCUUGCCUGAGGAGGUGAGAGGAGGAGGAGGAGGAGGAAGUGAGGCGGCCCGUCUGAACCGCCUCCACCUCAUCUCCUCCUCGCUCAGCCUUCGGUGCGGCGUGUCCUCGUCCUCGCUGUCGUCCUGCUCCACGCCGCCUCGCAGCCACAGCAUGGCUAACCUGACUGAGGCGACUGAGGGAGGAGGAGGGAAGAAGAGCAUCCCUUCUUCCUCGACUGCUGCUCAUCCUGAAGGCUCCGGGAGGCAGUCUCAGGUUCCUCUGGAGUCCAGGGAGCACGACUGGCUGGUGAAGGGGGCGGCGGGGGCGUGGCCUGACAUCUACUCUCUGUUCAGAGACGACUCUACUCUGCUCAACAGACAAGACUUCAUCUCCGGCUUCACCGUGCUGCACUGGAUCGCCAAACACGGAGACCACAGAGUCCUCAACACCUUAUGGUAUGGAGUUCAGAAGGCAGGUCUGGCCUUUGACAUAAAUGCCAGGUCAACAUGCGGACACACCCCUCUCCAUAUUGCCGCCAUCCACGGCCACAAGAGCAUCAUGCGCCUGCUGGUGAGCAAGUUCAACGCCGACGUGAAGCUGAGGGACACGGCGGGAAAGAAGCCCUGGCAGUACCUGAGCAGCUCCUCUCCACCUGAUGUCUUCCAGCUGCUGGGAGCUCCAGCGAGGGUCGCUUUAGGGGUCGGAAACGUCGCAGUCGGGAGGUCCGAGUCUUUCUGGAAACCGGAGAAGCAGCAGCGGAGACGGAGGAAACAUCACCUCUCAUCGGCGUCCUCAGCUGAGAGGCCGAUGUCAAUUUCAGCUAAAGUGAAGAGAUCAUCAUCCAUCGCUGCGUUUCUGAAACACAAAACACUGCGACACCUUCACGGACAUCAGUCUGAUUCCUCCGUUUGAACACUUUAUGGAUACAGUUCUUAGUUUGGAGGGUUGAGACCUGUUUCUGGUUUCCGAAACAUGAACACGAUGUGAAGCUGAGUUAAAGAUGAAAAAGUGGGCUGUCUCUUCACACCAACAUACUUUAUAUCUCUGGAGACUUUCACACCUGUAGGGAGGUUUACAAUCUUUAUUGACGGUGUGUUAAACUGAGAAAACUCUCAUGGGCCUCGUCUACUUAUGCACUUCUGAACACUUCUAGACAUUUUUAGGAGCUCUGCCUUUGAAAUGUUCUGACGUAGAUCUCUAUAUUCUUGCUGUGCUUUCACAUCGGCUCUCCUCGACUUCUUGGAGAUAUCAUACGAGGAUGCUGGCAGGAGGAAAAAGUCCUGGGAAGUCGGAGGGAAAACUGUGGAUGUUUUGCGCUCACACAAACAGCCAAUCCUGAGUUUGGUGCACGUGUGAACACAGCUAAAGAAGCUGCUCCAGUCUAAUUUGACUAAAGAAACUGUCCUGCAAAAGAAACGUGGUCGGCUGCCUUCACUUCAGUGGUUUCCAAUUUCUCUUUCUUUAACUGCAUCACCUUCUGACGAGUGAUGGGACACUUUUCAGGCAUCGCCAAUGGCUAGCAAUAAAGUUUCUCCGAUGUACUUUAGCGAUAUGAACCCAAAACCAGCUUCCUUGUAAUUCACUUGAUGUAAAUUUUGCUGAAUGACAUCAUGAUGCAGAAAAAGUCACACUUUGUGAGGUCUGUCCCCGAGAGAAGAGAAACCAACUUUAAAAAAUGUUUUUAAUUUCUUUUUAAUGGAGGUCGGAUCUAUCAUUUCUGAUGCAUUCAAGGACUUCUGGAAAUCUAAAUACUGAUUGGCUUUCAUGACCCAGAAUCAAGCAGAUUUGAUGCUCAGGUUGAACAUUUUGGUCUAGAACAGAUAGUUAGCUGCUCUUCAUGCAGAUAUCUGUUAUCAGUGAUAAAUAAACCCAACUCAAAUAACAGUUUAUGUGAGUCGAGGUGUCUUUGAAGAGGAUUUGGUGAGAUUGGAGUAUAGAUCAGCAGCUGUUUUAACUGCUGUGAACCAACACAUUUAUUCUAACCUAUAAUUAACCACUUCCUGAUGUGUUAAUAAGAAAUAACUGUGGAACCGGUUUAACAGGAAUUAUUUAAUGAUCUCAGGUCACAGCAGCUUCCCUCAGAGUUACACUUACUUAACUAUGUAUGCACAAAACUACGGAAGAGGAUUAGAGCAACAGAACAAACGUUUUUUAAGGUUAAGCCAGUAAGAUUAACAAAUUCUGACACUUUUUUUAAUUUCAGACUUUAAUCCCAGGCAAAAUUCUCACUUUGAAGUCGGAAUUCUGAGAUUAAAAGUCGGAAUUCUGGGAUUCUAGUCGGAAUUCCAAGAUUAGAGACGGAAUUCUAAAAUUAGAGUCGGAAUUCUGAGAUUAAAAUUUGGAAUUCUCUGAUUAAAGUUGGAAUUCCAACUUUGAUCUCAGAAUUCUCACAUCAAAGCCAAUAUUCUGAGAUUAAUGUCAGAGCUCUGAGUUUAAAGUCUGAAUCAUGAGAUUAAAGCUUCAAUUUUCAACUUUUAAAAUUUCCUUUUUAAAUGUCAGAUUUUUUUCUUUCUUUUUUUUAACUUGAUUUACACCGGUUAACAAAAAUCAAAUUAUUCAGUUGCCCUAAUCCUCUUCUGUACAAACCUCCACCAUCACUUUAUCUUGAAGUUUUUACUCAGAUUAAAAUGUCCCUGUGGCCCUUUUUGAAGCAAAUUCCCUGAACUGUAGAGGAACAAUAAGAGAGUUUCUCACGGCGAGCUGACGUUUAAUCAGCAGAGAACAUUUGAUCUUUGUCAUCUUCAAUCUCAGUCUUUGCUGGACCCUGGAUUAACAUCUCCUCUCUACUGUCCAAAGCCUGUUAACCUGUGAGUGUGGUCUUCUGACUUUAAACAGAUUACAAAGGAAUUAAAACCUUUCGGUCCAAAGACCUGGGCUCAGUCCAGAAGACUGUAACAACAGGGAGUAUCAGUGUGAGGAAUUCAGACACUGUAUCACACAGACAGCUGAGAGGGGAGUUAUCUUUGAGCGUGAGGUGAAUUGCAGCACUUCGCAGAGCGGCUCAGGUUUCUGAGCGGUUGUCUAAUGUCAUUGUUUUGAGAGGGGGAGAAAAACAGAACAAGGUCAGAGUUUAUGAGCCGCAGGAGACAAAGAGCUUCAGUUUCAGGCUGUGAUUCACUGCUGGAGACUGACUCAAUACUGCAGCUACACUUUGUCAAUGUGCACGUAAACAUUCCCCACAUUGUUUUCUGAGGAUCCAUCAUUCCACAUGUUGAUUUUUACCCCUAAAGGCUGCCUUCAGGUCCAGGUUAUUUCUGAUAGAUCAAAACUGAAAUGAAUGAGAUGUAGGAAGGAAGUGGUUCAACAUCUCACAGGGUUUUAGAAACCUCAAAGAUUCAUUUCAUGUCAAUUUUUGCCUAUUAUUCCAGGUUUUCCUUAUUCUUUCUCUCUGUUAUAAUAACAUUCUUAAACGUUGAUACAAAUGUAGUGACAUGACCCUGAUUUCAGUCUUUAUUUGACACAAGCAGGACUGAGAUUUAAAUAUCAGACUGCUCUUGGGAACAAAUAUGAACAAAUAUUAAGUUAAAACCUUUGAUGUCAGUACUAAACGUGGGCAAACUUUCAAACUGUGAGGUAAUCGUGUGUUGGAGUAAUCCCCGGAUGAGACUUCAGGCUGUUCUAAACAGCUUGUUCAAAAAGUCCCACGAGAGUUCAGCGAGAACAACACAAGAUUUCCUCAAAUCGUGACAUCAUCUCUUGGUGGAUCUCCUUAUAAGGGCGUAUUUGUCAUUUUAGAAAGAUAGAAACACAACCCAGCAUUCUGGAACCCUGGGACUCUGCGUUCCGGAAUGCUGCGUUUCUGUCCUUUAUCUCAGAAUUCUGCAGAAUGCUGGGUUCCGGAAUGCAGGGAGGGCCUUAAAGAGACAGUACCCAAAGUGCAGCGUUUCAGACAGAGACUGAGCUGUGAAUCAUUUAAAGCUACGACAAUAUAAAGCCUAAACUAUCCUUUCUUUAAUAUGGUGUCUGACAACAUAAUCUAAAGGAUUUGUACUAAUACUUUUCACUUUAAGACUAAGAUUCUUCUUUAAAUACCAUUUCAAAAACCAAAUCUUUUUACCUGAGUCUGUCAGCGGUACAUAUUUCCUGAACACAUUCAUAUCAAGAAGAUUUAUCUACAAAGGAUUACAUCAGGCGCUGCUUCAUUAUUCAGUCCUCUGCAGCAAAUCCCAAUCUUUGUGUUCCUUUCUUAACCACAGAAUAUUUACCUAGGUUUCCUAAUACCAACAUUCCUCUUUCUAAGCAGUGUAUGAAAUCUAAUUAAAAGUAUUAACAAGCUCUAAGAAUAAGACUUAAACUCUAAUGAACUGAAGUGAUCCCCCCUCCUUCUCCUGCAGAGGCUUCAUUCAUUCUUUCAGCUGUUUGUGUUUCUCAUUCACGCCCUGUAAGCACAUUGUGCUGUCACUGUCACCUUGACUUUCUUCUGUAUGCACAGCUUGUUCUUCUAACAUUAUUACUGCAUGGUUGCGUGGUGUAUUCAAGUACUGCUUGGAUAUCAGAGACUCAUUCUGAAACACUUUUCUUGAAGCUUUUCACCACCAACAACAAAACAACAUGUAUUUGGCUUUAAUGGGAACAAGUGGCUUCCUUUAGAGGAGGGAUAUCAGCUGAGAGAGUGACAGGCGGAACUUUAACAAAACAAAGACCUUUGUUUUGUUCAAAUGGAGGAUUUGCAGUAAGUGGUGUAAAAACAUUAUUAUCAUCCUUUAAUAUUCAUCACAAGGAUAAACUGUGUGUCAGAUGAUCUGCUCUGAAGUUUACUGUUAUUAUUGUAUGAUGGAGAUGUGUAGUAUUUCUGACACCACACGUCAAAGCUGAGCAAGUAUUAAACAUUUUAAAGCUGAA